GUUGUUCUCUUUUCUCUUAACAACUUUACAUUACUUCCAAUAUGUCCACUCAAGCUGUUGCUGAUAUUGGUCUCAUCGGUUUGGCCGUUAUGGUGAGCGUCUUUCAUUCUUUUUUCGGCCGUCAUACCAAUGGAACCUUGCGGGUUUGGCUUCGUUUAUGUGUCUUCGGCGUUUGCACAGAGUUUGUAGCUAUUGUCAAAUGGCGACGGCAACAUCGGUACUACUACCGGUUGAACGUCACCAAAGUGGGAAGAGGGCCAAAACCACCUCUUACGCAUGUUUCAUGGUUGUGACGCCGAAAUUUAGCCACACUCAACUGUUGUUGACAUUGGGCUCUCAGAAUCAUCCAUGUUCUAACUCUAGCUCUCUAUUUAGGGUCAAAACUUGAUUCUCAACAUGAACGACCACGGUUUCGUCGUUUGUGCUUACAACCGUACUACCUCCAAGGUUGACG